AUGCAGGCUAUUAAAUCCUACAACUGUGUGCGAUGUGGAAAUGAUUUUGCCAGUCAAACAGCCUUAAAGCAUCAUUUUCGAGCUAAACAUAUUGGAAGAGUAUAUUGUGACAAGUGUGGGAUUGAAAUGCUCCGAGAGAAGCUGAAGGAACAUGAGCAGAUUGUACAUUACAAGAAUAAAUGUAACCUACUAAAUGAAUACCCAUACUGGGAUCAACCCUUGGAAAGAGAGGACAGGUUUGUGGCAUCUGAAAAGUGUGUGACCUGUCGGAUGUGUCACAGAGUGUUUGGAACUGUCCACAGCAGAGAGCAACAUGAGAGACAAGAGCAUCAUUUUACAGCCUGUCAAAGAGCAAGAAUGUCAACAGCAUUCUCCCCAGACAGUAUAUUGGAUCACAGAAGCUUGCAGCUAUUACGAAAAUUCGUAGAAACUUGCCUUCGACCAGAAAUGGGACCCCUGAGAAUGGCUUGUGCUGAAGAAGUAGAUAAACUCAUUGACUUGAUUCAAGAAUGUUGUCCAACAUCUGUGACUCGACUCACCAAGGGUGGCUCAUAUAUCAAAGGCACAGAUACCAGAGAUUGGUCAGAUAUCGAUGUUGUGUUGUUCAGUAACUCGUUCACAAGCAUAAGCGACUGCAAAGAAAAAAUGUCAGCCAUGUUGGAAGGCCUGGAGAAAAAUUUAAAGAAAUCUCUGCUGACAAAUCGGAUAUUGAUAGAAAAGAAGGCUUCAGUUUCUCUUCGAUUUCAGUUCAAGUGCAUCAAAGAUCUGCACAUUCACCAUUUUGAUGUCAUGCUUUGCUGUGAUAUGUUAGGAUCCAAUCCUCCCCGAGAUGUUAAAAAGAGCUUAUAUCGACGACUGUACAAUUGUGGGGAUGAUUUAGAAACACAGCUUUAUUCGGUCUCUCUACUGCAAUACCAGGUGGAUUUUGUAAAGGCAUCGACUGUUGGUGUGAAGGACAUGAUUCGUCUGGUUAAAUAUUGGUUCAAAACCUCUCUUGCUAAACCCAGUGAAACCAACAGAUUCCGGAGGCUUCCUUCAUCCUAUGCAAUGGAACUCAUGACCAUCUAUGUUUGGCAGCUGGCAGGAAAGCCUAUAUUUUUUAGUUUUGUCCAAGGACUGCGAGCAGUAUUCAAGUUCCUGGUGAAUUGCACUGAUAUUUGCAUUAUUUGGUUUGAACACUAUGAUGAGACAUUUCAGAUUGUGAAGAAGUCAGUUCAGAAACAAACCAGACCUUUUAUUUUGGAUCCAGCUAACCCCACCUUCAAUGUCUGUGAAACCAGCAAUGCUUGGGAUGAGGUGGCUCAUGUGGCUCGACAAAGUUUGCUGAAGCCACUUCUCAAUGGUGUUCAAGCAAAACCUCCGUGGCUCUUUACAAACAGCUGUUGA